CAUAUCCCCAGGCAAAGGCCAAGGCCAAGCGAGACAGGGAGGGAGGAGAAGUAACCAAGUGUCUCAAGCAACCUACCGCCCGCCCGCCCGCCGGCCGCUUCAUUUCCUCCACUCCACACUCACCACGACACACCGCCCUCUUCCCUUCUCUUCUCUCAAGAAAGAACCAGCUAGCGCGCGCGCGCACACACAAGCCUGAAGCCUCCCCAUACCCGCCAUGUCUGCGUCGCCGGAGUUCUACAAGCCAGCGCCGCCGGCGUUCUCGCCGUGCAGCUCGCCGCUCCUGCUGCCCGGGGCAGGGGCGGCGGUGGGAGCAGUGGCCGAGGAGAGCGCCGCCGCAACCGUGUCGCAGCAGGAGGAGGAGGACUACCGCUGCCGGACGCCGACGGGCGGGGAGAGCCAGGUGAGGCCGCCGGGGACCUGCCCGCCGGCGCCGCGGAAGCCGCGGGCGCCCGCGGCCCCCGCGCCGUGCCGGAAGCGCCUGUUCGAGGUGGAGGUGUUCAGUCUGCGGCUGGAGGAGCUGGAGCGCCUCUUCUGGCGCCCGCGCCCCGCGGCGCCGCCACCGCCGCCGCCGUCCGCCCAGAAGAAGCGCCGGAGGGUGGCCUGCCCGGAGCCCAAGAAGAGAUAGUAGCUACCUUCGUCUGGCAGGUGCUAGUCGUAGUAGUAGUACAGGUCGUGUAGCAGCGGUAGCUAGCUAGGUGCAGAGCCAAGUGGUUUUGGCUUGGAUCGAUCACAUACAGCAGCUUAUUAUUAGGAUCGGAGGUCCAUGGUAGGGGGGGUGCUUAGGAGAGGACUGCUGUACUUGUACUGCUACAGCUCGUCGGCACAUCUCUCUAGCUAGUUUCCUCUAUCUAUAGCUCACAAUCAGUUCCUGUAGUUGCUAGAUGCUGUUCAGUGUGUGUAUGUGGUGAUGAUAGUGUCAUGGUGUCAAAAGGUGUAGCGCAAUACUAGCUAGCUAGCUAGCUGUAGGCACUAGGCAGGAGCUGCAUGCCCUGAAUCUCCAUUCUUCCAUGUAGCCCCUGUGUGUAACGAAGAAGCUAAGCUCACUUGUACCACUAGCGUCAUAUAUAUAUACUCUCAUUCACUUGUUACGCGAUC